AUGUUACCGACAAAAAUGGAUGAACUUCGUCGUGUGUUCGAAACUUGUAAAGGUUUAACACAAAAGCAAAGUGUUCAUUCUACUAUCGCUAUGAAAGCUGCGGGGUUCUAUUAUACAGGCUACACAGAUACAUUCUGUUGUCAUACUUGCAAUCUUGAAGUAUCCGGAUGGACGAUCGAUAUGAAACCAUUUACUAUUCAUUCGCAACGUAGUCCAACAUGUGAUUUCGUACGUUCAAUAAAACCUGAAGGAACGAUUUCGGCUUCUUCUAUGUAUAAUCUUACUUCAACUAUUUCAACAUCGGAUAAUGAUGAAAAAUCUUCUAAGAGGCAGAAAAUAGACGUACAACAAGAUGAUUUUCAGUUGAAUAUACUUGUAGAAGUAAACUUGCUAAAACAAAUACGAAAGAGAACAUUUUCACACUGGCCACUACGAACAUCACCAUCAAGUGCACAAAUGAUUCAAGCAGGAUUCUUUCACUGUAAUGUUGGUGAUCGUGUCAUAUGUUUGUACUGCAAGAUAGUUUGUCAACAAUGGACAUCAAAUGGUGACGAUCCAUGGGAUGUUCAUAGAACACUAUCACCCAAAUGUCCAUAUGUGAUUGCUAUGAUGAAACGUCAACAAACAGGAUUAAUUCAUAUUGUUAAUGAACAAAAUACAAGAGAGAAUACUGUUGGCGUAACAACUGAUGAUCCAUUUCGAUGCCAUGAAGUAGUUUAUACUGCUGCAUGCAAUACUGAUUACAUUGAAAUUCCACGACGUUAUGCUACUUUUGCUACUUGGCUCACUGAAAAUACACCAUCAGUUGAUGAUUUAGUUCGAGCAGGAUUCUUUUAUACAGGCACAAAAACAGUCGUAACAUGUUUCUAUUGUAAUGGGUCAUUGCAGAAUUGGGGUAAAAAUGAUAAUCCAAUGAUUGAACAUGCCAGAUGGUUUCCUAAUUGUGCCUAUGCUAAACAACUGUGUGGUGCAGACUUAUAUCGAAAAAUUCAGGAAUCGAAAAAAGCUCAACAAGGUUUACUAUUAUUUAUUUUCUUGAAGUUUAGACUAAAUGAUGAUUUUGAGGAUCCUUGUGAUGUUUAUGUGGCUUGUAUUGUUCUUCAGAAGCAGAUUGAAUAUAUCAAUGGAAAAAAAGAGAAUCUGAUCAUUCCAAGUACAGCAAUGAACGAGAUUCGUAUGAAAGAACAAGCAGAGAUUCUUGCUCGUGAACAAAUUACUGAUACAUCAUCAUUAACAAAUUCUUCUAGUAGUACGGAUGUUGUUAUGACAACAUCAUCCGAAUCUAUUGCUAGUGAGAGAAGCGUGCAACAACCGACAAUAGCCGUAGAAGAGAAAAAAGAUGUGAACACAGAGAAGAAGAAUUUGCCUGCCAAAAAUCAUACAAAUGAUUCAUCAUCAUCAUCGAAUGUUUGUGUUCUUUGCUUGGAAGAAGAGAAACGACUCGCAUGUAUCCCCUGUGGCCAUCUUGCUACAUGUGUACCUUGCGUCUAUUAUAUAUCAAUUAUUCAUUUUUACGUCAAUAUAAUGGAAUCAUUAACAACUACUGAUCAAUAUUCGUCCAAUAUGGUACAAUCAACAACAAUGAAAUGUUGUAAGCAACAUCAAUCAAUAAACAAAAAUGAUACAUAUCGUAAUCUACUCGACAAAUGUCAACAAUUAACAAAGAAACAUGGUGUACAUUCUGCUCUUACUAUGAGAGCAGCAGGAUUUCAUUAUACGGGUGAUAAUGAUACUGUUCUUUGUGAAACUUGUGGUUUACAAGUAUCUCAAUGGACAUUGGAUAUGAAACCAUUUACUAUUCAUUCACAACGAAGUCCAACGUGUCCAUAUGUUUGUUCUCUUCGACCAAUUCAAGCAGCUACUAUAACAUCUAUGAACAGUUCUGCUCAAUCAGUUUCAACAUCGAAAUGUGAAGAAAUGCCAUGUAAACGGCAGAAAAUAGAACAAACUCAAGAAAAUAACCCUGCAAAAGUAUUUGUCGAACUAGAGAUAUUGAAGCAAAUACGUCGUCGAACAUUUUCGCAUUGGCCCCAUCACACAUCACAUUUAAAAUCACAAUUGAUCGAAGCAGGAUUUUUUAGUUGUAAUGUAAAUGAUCGCGUCAUAUGCAUAUACUGUAAUAAAAUUUGCCAAAAGUGGACACUAGACAGUGAUAAUCCAAGUGAAGUACACAAAACACUUUCACCUCAAUGUCCAUAUGUCAUUUCAAUGUUAACACGCUCCGAAGCAUCAUCAAUUCCUAUUAUUAAUGACAAAUCAACAAACAAUAACUCUGAUGAUAAGAAUUUAAUUCAAUUUGAUCAGAUUGUUAAUACUUCUGCAUGUCAUAGUUCAUAUAGAGAGAUAACAAAAAGACAUGCAUCAUUCAAUACAUGGACAAACGAAAAUACACCAUCAGUGGAUGAUCUAGUUAAUGCAGGAUUCUUUUAUACAGGCACAAAAACAGUCGUAACAUGUUUCUAUUGUAAUGGAUCAUUGCAGAAUUGGGGUGCAAAGGAUAAUCCAAUGAUUGAACAUGCUCGAUGGUUUCCACAUUGUGCAUAUGUCAAACAGCUAUGUGGUGCAAAAUUAUAUGGAAAAAUCCAAGCAAUAAAACAACGUCAAAAAGAAAAUAAGGAGAAAAAUGAUUUAGAUAAACGGUUUGAAACAACAAUUGGUGGUUCAUAUAGUGGACAGUUAAAUAUACCUAAUGACAGUAUAUUAUCGAGUUUAGUAGCCUCUCGACUUGAUUUACCAAGUUCAAGAAGUAUGUUUGAUCAAAAUUUCAAAUUAUCAAUCGUCAAACGAUGUUGGGAAGAUCAACUUCGAUUAAAACGUGACGAUUUUGUUAGUGAUGCCGAUCUAUUUGUGGCUUGUACAAUUCUACAGAAACAAAUGCAACAUAUUGAUGGAAAAAAAGAAAAUAUUAUUAUUCCAAGUAUAGCAAUGAGCGAAAUUAAUAGAGUUGUUCUUCAUGAAAAAAAAACGUCAGAAUCAAUACAAACAGAUACAUCAAAUAUUACCGGUACUGAUAUGUUAACAUCAAUAGAAUCGAACGCUUCGGAAACAAUUGCAAAAGUAUCAGUCAUAGAUACUGAUAAAGAGAAAGAUGUAGAAUCAGAUAGUGCGCGAAAUCUAUCAACAAAAGAAAAAGAUAUUUCAUCGUCAUUGAGUCCUUGUGCUUUAUGUUUGACAGAAGAUAGAUGUCUUGCUUGUAUACCUUGCGGACAUGUAGCCACAUGCGUUCCUUGUGGUCAUUCUCUAAAAUCAUGUCCGAUGUGCCGUGCUGAAAUUAAAGCUUUCGUACGAGUAUAUUUGUAA